AUGGCACUGAAACGGAUUAAUAAGGAACUUAGUGAUUUGGCCCGUGACCCUCCAGCACAAUGUUCUGCAGGGCCAGUUGGGGAUGAUGUGUUUCAUUGGCAAGCCACAAUGAUGGGACCUAAUGACAGUCCAUAUCAAGGCGGUGUAUUCUUUUUGACAAUUCAUUUUCCUACAGACUACCCCUUCAAACCACCUAAGGUUGCAUUUACAACAAGAAUUUAUCAUCCAAAUAUUAACAGAUUCACCUUCACAGUUUCACAGAUUAGCCUCACAAGACCUCCUUGUAAGGGUUAUGAGCAUGCUUCUCAGUGCUCUGGAACCAUGGUGAAACACUCCAUGACCCUUUAUCUUGCAUUUUUCAUACCUCCAAAACCAGUACCUACUAACAUGGGGGAACAUUACAUUUCGAACACCACAACCUCUGUAAUGAAAAUCGUUAAACCCUCAAGUUAG